GCAAAGCUGGCGCUCCGGUUUCCUGGCGGAGAAGAUGGCGGCUCCUGGACCGGGGGAGUAUUUUAACGUUGGGAGCCAUAUCUCAUGUCUUACAUGCUUGGGACAGCGAUUGCAAGGAGAGGUUCUCGCCUUCGACUACCAAUCGAAGAUGCUGACCUUGAAGUGUCCUCCGGCCAGUGGAAAGCCCAACUUGCAUGAUGUAGUCCUGAUCAACCUUGCCUACGUGUCGGAGGUCGACAUCAUCACUGAUCGCACGGAAACUCCGCCCCCGCUAGCCUCGCUGAAUGUCAACAAGCUUGCCAAUAGAGCCCGGAUGGAGAAAGAAGACAAGUUGUCUCAAGCUUAUGCAAUUAGUGCUGGAGUCUCCUUGGAGGGUCAGCAGCUAUUUCAGACCAUACACAAAACUAUCAAAGACUGUCGGUGGCAGGAGAAGAACAUCAUUGUGAUGGAUGAUGUGGUCGUCUCCCCACCUUAUCAGGUGGACAACUGCAAGGGCAAGGAGGGGAGCGCUUUAAGUCACGUACGCAAAAUAGUUGAAAAGCAUUUCCGGGACGUAGAGAGUCAGAAGUCCCUUCAGCGACCACAAGCACAGCAAACACAGAAGGACUCCUCCACGUUAUCAUCCUGAGCAGAGGCAACCAAUCAACAAACAGACAGACGAACAGACCGACAAGAAAGAUCAACACCACCACGGCGAAGGCAGUUCCUCCUUUUUUUUUUUUUUUUUCUUCCAAGUCCUCCCCCCCCCCCCCCCCCCAUUUGAUUUUUCUUUCGCUCUCCACAGCCUGAGAGCAGCAGUGUGUCUCCGUCAGGGUGGGAGGGGAGUAGGGAUUGAAAGAGGUCUCGAUGAGAUGUCAAAUGUCGAUCUGUUCUUGAGGGUAGACCAGCACAUCCUCCGUUAUCAGGAGGAGGGGAAACUAUCCCCCAAGGUUUUUUUUUUUCGUUUUUUUUUAAAGAUAAUUUAAUUAAAUAAAUAUUUACCCCCCCCCCCCCCCCCUAUACUGCCCCUCCUUACCUUGAUCCCCAACCCCACCCCCUCGGCCAAACACCAGUAACCCCACUCCUCUCCCGUGCUCUACACAUGAGCUCAUCUGUUCAUUCUUUCUCUUCUUGUUCAACUUCUUCCUUCUUCCUCUCUCAUUCUCUCUCACCCCCCACCCCAUGUCUCCAUCAGUCUACAUGAGCAGCAGAAGGAACAGAAAUUGAUUUCCGUCUUUUGUCACUCUGCCUCUGUCCCCACAUUUGCCCUUUUAAAACAACCAAGGACAAAAAAGGUGGCUUGAAACGCAGUGGAUGGAAGACUGCAAAGACCCUGUGUUUACAGCGGGACUGAGAGUGGUGCGCAGGGUUUAAGAAGCGCAGCUGCAAACGCCCUUGUUUGGAGCCAUCAGCCGACAAGAAGUCAGUACCGUAUGUGAAGGGUGGAAAAGGACAUGGGAGUGUACUUGCAUGGGCAGGUCUCUUUUUCCCUUGACUGGUUCUGCUGAAGGUAGCAGUGUCAUCCCUUACUUCUGAGGGGAAUUUUUUUUUUUUUUUUUUUUUUUUUUUUUUUUUUUUUUUUUUGUAACUCUUUAUAUUUUGCCCACUAUUCUUGAAUGAGUUUGAUCCAGGUGAGAGGUUGGACAGUUCUUCUUUUUUUUUCUUCUUUUUUUUAAAUCCAAGUUUCUAUGUUUUGUUGAGGAAGGGCUUUACAGAAUACAGAAAGGGACAGGACAUGAGUUUCAGUGACUGAUCUUUGAGCUGGAGUCUCUUUCUCAUGGUACACCUCAAGAGAGGGAGCAUGGUGCCCUCCCUCCUUUCCACCCAUCCACAAACAUAGGGCUAUGCCCCCCCCCCACUUGCUCGAAACACCGAUCUCAUCCAUAAUGGUCCUCGACUCUACAUUACAAUAUUUCUUCCACGACGGGACCACGGUAGUUUUUCUUUCUGUUCUCUGUUUUUAAGCUCUUCCUCACUCCAUCCUUGACCGACAUUUCCACCUGUGAGGUGUGGGAAGCUCUCUUCUCUUAGCUCGAUGCAUUCCUGACGUGCUCCAGCAGCAGAGCUGCUUCUUUUGGCUUUUUUUUUUUUCUAUCCAAAAGAACAAAACAAGGUUGACAUCCAAGCAAAAGCCAGUGAAAACCAGGCCAGUCACCGCACUCUCUGCUUUCCAUGCUGCUGUUGUGGUGAUGGCCUUUUUUUUUGUUUUUUUUGCGGAGAAUGUGAAACAAAGACGAAGGAUCAACCCUGGCUCAACCCAACGCCCCUUUUACGCUUCCAUUACCUAACACCCCCCCCCCCCCCCCCCUUCCCCGGACACUAUCAAUGAACAGAAGCCGAGAGAUGCGCUCCCACGCUGUGAACCAGUCCGACCUCACGGUGUGAGUGUGUAUGUGCGUGCGUGAGUGUGUGUGCGUGUAUGAACGAGGCUGCCGAUGCCUAGGUUUCUUUCCCAGUAUUUUAUUUUUUAUUUUUCAAUAGUAACAUUAAAGUAAAAAGUGAAAACAA